AUGUUAGAAAAGACGAAAAUAUACACCAAAAUUGUCGGCUACACUCUCGUUGUUCUUUGGACUGAGCUACGACUCGUUCUCCGAGGUGCUAUAGUACGACGUCAAGCCGCUUUCUUUGGGUCUUCUAGCGGAGAAGAAAGAACUCGCAACAUCGUCAUUGUUGGUGCUAAUUUUGCAGGCUACCGUGCAGCCCAGAUCAUUGCAAAGAAUCUACCUCCCCGAAGCCCGUACCGCGUCGUGGUUGUUGAGCCGAACAGCCAUUUCCACUUCACCUGGGUGCUUCCCAGAUUCUGCGUCGUCAAAGGGCACGAACAUAAGGCGUUUAUUCCAUAUGGAGGAUACUUGGAUGGAGUUGUCGAAGGCUCAUAUCGCUGGAUCAAAGACAAGGUUGUUGACAUCGACCGAAAUACUGUGAGACUACAGGGCAGCGAGGAAUCAAUCCCAUACGAGUUUCUUGUCAUCGCUACAGGAGCGGGCGUACAAGAUGGCCUUCCAUCGCGAGUCAAUUGUACAGAAAAAACGCAAGGCGUGAAGCUCCUACAAGGCAUGCAAAAGAGACUCGAAUCGGCUAAAACGGUUGUCGUCGUUGGAGGAGGUGCUGCCGGCGUCGAAGUCGCCACAGAUGCCAAGGACUUAUACCCAGAGAAGCACAUCAUCUUGAUCCAUUCCAGAGAUGCAGUGAUGCAUCGUUUCGGCAAAGGUCUUCAAAAAGCUGCACGCGAAGGGCUUGAAAGACUAGGCGUCGAGCUUAUCCUUGAAGAUCGCGUGGUAAAUGAGGACUCGGCGUCUGGAAUAGUGACGCUCAGAUCCGGCCGGCAGAUUACCUGCGAUUUCUUCAUGAAUUGUACGGGACAAAGACCAUUAUCUGAUGUUAUUGCCACCCUCUCUCCCAAAGCGAUUUCAUCCACGGGCCACAUCAAAGUCAAGCCAAGCCUCCAAAUAGCCGAUGAUUCCCUACCGAAUAUUUAUACCUGCGGUGAUGUUGCCGAUACGAAUACCCCGAAUCCGAACUCGCGAUCAGCGAUGCGUCAAGCAACAAUUGUGGCAGAUAAUAUUCUUCUCGCUGUCGCAGGCAAAACCCCCAGAUAUGUUUAUGAAAACAAGUGGGCAGAUGGCGUGAUCAAGUUGACUCUAGGAUUGGAUCGAUCGGUUACACACCUUGGAGACGGAAACUCUGAAUUGCUAUUUCCAGGGAAAGAAACGGACGAGGCUCUAAUGUCAGCCAUGGCUUGGUCCCGUAUGGGGGCGAAGCCAUUUGAAGAUGAAUACAUGGAUGCACAUGCAGCUGAAGUCGAAGGAGACAUUAUCAAACCGUGA